CCCUAAUUAAAUAUAGAUUUUUGCGUCAAACUUCUUAUCUUUAUGUUUUUACUAUUCUUUGUCAUCGCAACUAGGACAAGUGUAUUUAAAACAACCCACAAACAAGUAGUUUUUAGUUUCUGUUAGAUUUGCACUCAAAAUGAAGCUCCUGGCGGUGAUUAUCUUUUUGAUCCCAACUUUGGCAACAGCUUUUCGCUUCCAUCAAAGACCAAACAUUUUUAUUUGUCGCAAAAGGGGAAUAAAUUGUGUUAACGACAACACAUUCGUUUUCUGCAGAGGAUUCUUCCAACAUAUACUUGUUGACAAAUAUUCUUUCCAGUGUCCGGAAGGUUAUGUAUGUUCAAGUGAUUCCAAAUAUACCUGUAUUAAGAAUCCAGACAGUGAAUCUGACGAAAGCAAUGAAAUAAUCACAACUCAAUCCGAUGUUUUUACUACCAAAAAUACAGAUCACAGUAGUACCGAAGAGUCAGAUGAGAGAGGAAGUACGCAUUUUGCAGAAACAACAACUUUGACAACUUUAGUUACCGACAGUGUAGAGAAAGAUGACAAAGAAACUACAACAUACUCACGAGAUUCAUCAGAGGAGAACAAAAUUAAUGACCAAAGCGAAGAAAGUGAUUCAGAUGAGACCAUCGACGAUAAUGACCAAAACAUUAACAUUGAGCCUACAUGUACAAAAGUCGAUGAAACCUUCCCAGGGCCUACUUGUUCCAAGUACUACAAAUGCCACAGUGUGUUGAUUUGGACUUUCCCCGUGUUGCAUAUGUGCGAAGACGGUCAAAGUUUCGACACUGCAACAUCCAGUUGUGUGCCUUCGUCCGAAAGCAAUUGCAGCGAUUAAUUAUUCGAUGGAUCCCUUUAUGGCUGCAAUAAAGGUUUAAAGUUUUUCGUAGGCGAUCAAUGUGAAUAAAUUGUUUUAAAUUCUA